AUGGGAAGAGGGAGAGUAGAGUUGAGGAGGAUAGAGAACAAGAUCAAUAGGCAAGUGACGUUUGCAAAGAGAAGGAAUGGUCUUUUGAAGAAAGCAUAUGAGCUUUCCAUUCUUUGUGAUGCAGAGGUUGCUCUCAUCAUCUUCUCUAAUCGAGGCAAAUUGUACGAGUUUUGCAGUAGUUCCAGCAUGAUUCGGACACUGGAGAGGUACCAAAAAUGCAACUAUGGUCCUCCAGAGCCCAAUGUACCUUCUAGAGAAGCCUUAGCAGAACUUAGUAGCCAACAGGAGUAUCUCAAGCUCAAGGAGCGUUACGACGCUUUACAAAAAACCCAAAGGAAUCUGUUAGGAGAAGAUCUUGGACCUCUUAGUACAAAGGAGCUUGAGUUACUUGAGAGGCAGCUUGACUCUUCUUUGAAGCAGAUCAGAGCUCUCCGGACACAGUUCAUGCUCGACCAGCUCAAUGAUCUCCAGAGUAAGGAACGCAUGUUGACAGAGACUAAUAAAACUCUAAGGCUAAGGUUGGCUGAUGGAUAUCAAAUACCUCUCCAACUCAACCCGGACCAAGAAGACCAUCAUGAUCAACAACAACACUCUCAUCAUGCUUUCUUCCAGCCUUUGGAAUGCGAACCCAUUCUUCAAAUGGGGUAUCAGGGGCAGCAAAAUCAUGGAAUGGAAGCAGGACCAAGUGCGAAUAAUUACAUGUUGGGUUGGUUACCUUGUGACACCAACUCUAUUUGA